UUGCGGCCUCACAGCUGGUGUGUGAAGAAGUGGUGUCGAUUGAAUCAACUCUCGGCGAUUCUGGUGUAUUUUAUCGCUACAAAAGCCACGAUUUCGACCUCCAAGUCUCCUUCAAGCUUGAAUGCGUCAGUCGGGUGGAGCUUCUCUUCAAUCUGAGCUGCCAGACAACUGACACAGACCAGGCAGAAAGAGAGACCAUUACAGUGGACAAUCUAUUUGAUACAGGGAUCUGUUCUGGGGCACGCACCUACUGAAAUGGGUCCCAGAUACCCUCUGUUGUUGCUAUAAAACUGCCAGAACAAGCAGCGUGACUGGUUGUUGCCUGUUACACUGGCAGAGGAGGAAGUCAAAACAGCCCUGACUCACUCUGGACUGCCUGAAAAUCGAAAAUGAUCUAACCGGUGCGCCUACUCACGAGGGAAUAAUCUGAAGGAAAGCGGGAGUGAGCACGAUAAAGUAUGGGAGAGGAAGGCAAUAAACAAGAGAUGGAGCCACGUGAAACAACAAGGAGAAAACGCUACUCCAUUGAGGAAACCAGGGAGGAGAAACCCAAGAGACGGUUGCGAAACCAGCCGGAAAUAACAUCCUGGACUGUCGGAGGUGUCAGCUAUAAAGUGGGAGAUUGUGUGUACAUCGACAGCCAGCGUGCAGACAACCCUUACUACAUCUGCUCCAUCCAGGAGUUCCGCAUGACCAAGAAGGAGACGGUUUAUCUGGAAGUGAAGUGGUUUUACAGAACAUCGGAGGUUCCUGACUCAGUUUACCAUCUUCUGGUGCAGGACAGGAACUCAGAGAACAGUUCAGGACAAGAUUCUGUGAUCAAGGAGUCCCUCAUGAAGUCCAGGGAACUCUUCAUCUCUGACGCCACAGACAGCUAUCCUGUGUCUGCUCUGAGGGGAAGGUGCUGUGUGCAUCACUAUCCUGACAUUGUUGCUGCUAAAGCCUUUGAUCCAAACCCCAACACCUUUUUCUACAUCCUGGGGUACAACCCUGAAACUAGGAGGUUAAACGGCACACAAGGGGAGAUUCGAGUCGGCCCCAGUCACCAGACCAAGAAGGAGACGGUUUAUCUGGAAGUGAAGUGGUUUUACAGAACAUCGGAGGUUCCUGACUCAGUUUACCAUCUUCUGGUGCAGGACAGGAACUCAGAGAACAGUUCAGGUCAAGAUUCUGUGAUCAAGGAGUCCCUCAUGAAGUCCAGGGAACUCUUCAUCUCUGAUGCCACAGACAGCUAUCCUGUUUCUGCUCUGAGGGGAAGGUGCUGUGUGCAUCACUAUCCUGACAUUGUUGCUGCUAAAGCCUUUGAUCCGAACCCCAACACCUUUUUCUACAUCCUGGGGUACAACCCGGAAACUAGGAGGUUAAACGGCACACAAGGGGAGAUUCGAGUCGGCCCCAGUCACCAGGCCAAGCUGCCAGAGUACAACCCUAACAGGCAGGAUGACCGAGAACUUCAGGAGGAGCUGGUCUGGACCCCCAAGGUCAACGACUGUGACCUCCUUAUGUACCUCAGGGCUGCAAGGAGUAUGGCAGCAUUUGCGGGGAUGUGCGAUGGCGGUUCCCCUGACGACGGUUGCCUAGCAGCGUCCAGGGACGAGACAACCAUCAACGCUCUUGAUACACUGCAUCAGUUUGACUACAACACAGGAAAGGCUCUCCAGGCGCUGGUCAAACGUCCAGUCCCCGUCUCAGCGGACAGGAAGUGGACAGACGAUGAAACGAAACGCUUCGUGAAGGGGCUGCGGCAGUUCGGCAAGAAUUUCUUCCGUAUACGAAAGGAGCUGCUGCCAGAAAAGGAAACGAGUGAGCUGGUCGAGUUCUACUAUCUGUGGAAGAAAACUCCCGCAGCGAACAACUGCCGUCCUCACCGCAGACACCGCAGACAGAGCACGCUCAGGAGAGUCCGUGGCGUGGGAUCCCGCGCCGGCAAUGGGAACAGGCCUCCUUCUUCAGAAUUCUUGGACCUGAGCUCUGCCAGUGAGACAGAACUGGAGAACGUGGACAGUGAGGACAGCGAUUCCCGCGAUCUCAGCGCCUACGCCUGCAGACACUGUUUCACCACAACUUCUCGAGAUUGGCACCACGGAGGCCACGAUAAGGUUAUUCUUUGCACGGACUGUCGGAUUUUCUUUAAGAAGUAUGGGGAGCUCCGGCCGAUAGAGACUCCGCGGGAACCCCCGCCAUUCAUGUUUAAACCUGUCAAGGAGGAUAAGGACGACGAUGCAAUGAAUUCUGGGAAAGCUGGUAUGAGGACACGGCGCAAUAGGGAUGGGGUGCAAUCUAGACACAAGGGGAAGGCCAGCUCCAGCAGUCCCUCCGAGUCUUCCUCACCUGUCAAUCACCUGGCCAACGCCCGGCACCUGGGACAGAAGGGUCGGCAGUCUCCCAGCACGGGCAGCACCACCAGCAACAGCAGUGACAAGUCUGUGAAGAAGAGGAAACUUGGAAAGGGUAAUAAGGAUGAGGAGAAGGGCAGUAAGAAACGGCACCGAGACAAGAGUCUGUCUGAGGAGUCUGAGGCGACCAACUUAGAGGAAGGACGUCAUAAAAAGCCCAAGCAGACUUCUAGUCGAUCAGAGAGUCCAUCAGAAGCUGCCACCAGCGACAGUGGGAGCAUCAAUGAAGAAAGCUGCAGUGGGAUACAGGAAUACACCAAUGAGGAUGAGAAUUCGUCGCCAUCCAGUCCAGAAAACGACAACGACAGCGACUACGAGCCGCCGGCCUCCACCGCCCGCGAGGAGGACUCCCAGCCGCCCAGUCCUGUCCCCAUCAAACCCAUCCCCCAGGUGCCGCGCCUGCCCACACCCCCGCCCAUGCAGGAGCUGCCGGCCACACAACCACCUGUACCACCUGUGCCACCUGUACCAGCCGCGCCACCUGCUGCAGUGCCACCUGUUCCACUGCCACCACACCCCCUCCCUCCACCUCCCAUGCAGGAGCCGGAUGUCCCCCCUCCAGUGCCAAGACUGCUCCCCCCUCCCCCACCCCUCCAGCCUGCUGUCCCCCUCAUCAUCCCCAAACAGGAACCCAAGUCCCCCUCUCCUCCCCCCAGAGACCUACCCCCCCUCGGGAGCCCACCCCUCCAGCCAGCCCAGGCACCCCCCUUCCAGUCCAGAAGUGCCCAGAAGCCCCGGAGCCCGUCACCUCCUGCAGUGGUGGUUGACAGACAAGAUCACGUUAGUGCCUCAGCAAGAUUUAUCCGCCAUCUCAGUCGCCGUGACAACACGUGCAGUCGGACAGACCUCACGUUCGUCCCGCUGGAGAACACCAAGCUCGCCAAGAAGCGCGCCGAGGCCACGAAGAAGGCUGAGCAGGCCAAGCACGAGGAGGAGAGGAAGAAACAGGAGGACGAGCGGGAGACGAGGGAACGGGAACGAGAACAGGAGCAGGAUCGGGAGAGAGAGGAGAAACAGCGGAGGCCUCCUACCAGCCCACCACCGCGGUGUUCAACAGCUGAUGUGCAGAUCACAGGACCUCACGUCCAUCAUCAAGGGCACUACGGCUCAGCUUUCCCCUCCUCCCUGUCCUUCCAACAAGGACCCUUCAUCGGGCCCGACACCCCUGCCUUACGGACGCUCAGCGAGUACGCCCGUCCGCAUGCCAUGGCUUCCCAGGACCCCAACAUGCCUUACCACCUUCCGCCUGGCUUCUUCAUUCCCGGCGCUCCGGAGCACGAGAUUCGCGAGCGGGAACUGCGCGAGAGGGAGAUGAGAGAACGGGAGAUCCGGGAACGCGAGAUGAGGGAGUCGGGGUUCAAACCUGGCUACGAACUCAAAGCAAUGGAGCACGAGCAGAUCCGUAUGAGCCAGAUGGAGAUGCACAGACUGUGGCAGGGUGGUCACCCCAUGGCUCCCGGCCACCAACCUGGCACUGCCCCGCCCUUUGCCAGCCCGUUUGGACCUUAUCCUCCCCCUGGCUCCUCUGUACUGGACAGAGAGAGGAUGGCCCACCCCAUGCACCACAUGGCCGAGUCUCCUCACGUCAACCCUGUGGAAAGACUAAACGCAGAGAGACUGCAGGCAGAGCGAAACAUGGCGCUGGCCAUGGACCCCAUCGUGAGACUACAGCUGGCUGGAAUCACGCCGCACCAUCACCAACAUUCCCACUCCCACACACACCUACACCUGCAUCCCCAGGACCCGCUCUACGGAGUCCCACCGCCCCACCUGAUUGGCCCGCACCCCUGGCCGGCGGGACUGCCCCCACCACCCUCGGCGGGAACCCCGUUCCAGCCGCCGUCGCCCUUCCUGCGCGGUCCGACCCCGUUCCUGACGCGGGAGCAUGAGAUCCAUCGGGAAACUGUGCUGUCUCGGCAGUAUGAAGGGCUGAUCCCACCAUACAUGAGCGCCUCCCAGCAGUUGUCAGCUCAAGCGCAGGCUGAGCAGUUGAGACUGAUUGAGCAGCAGCGCUACAUGCAGCAGCAUCACGAGGACUAUCUCAGGAGACUGCAAGGGGAGGGAGACAAACCCCCAGGACCCCCCUAACGGACAGACCGGUCACCUUUCACCAGCUGUGCGCCAUCCAACACUUCUUACCUGUAGGAACUUUAUUUUUGCACUGUGAAACUGCACAAUCAGGCAAUACAGACUUAUGGUUCUGGAGCCCGGUAUUCGCCAGACUUUUAAACCAACCCAGACCCUGUGUACAGAUGGACACACACAGACAUUCCCCAUCUUACACUAAUGAAGGGUUGGUAAAACACUGCAACGUGAUGACAUGUAUCAAAGCAGAGAUGUGUGUGUGGGCACAGUAUGGGACAGCUAUGUUGUAUGGCUGUCAUCAGAUAUCCUGGAGAAUUGUGACUGUAAUACAGUUUAGAAGACACAGAAAACAACUGUAUGUAAAUUACAAAAGUGUAAAUUAUUCUUGUUGUCCAGAUUUGCAAUCAAAGUCCCUUGGUGAUGAGGAUGUACAUAUCUAAGUAUAUACAGUGCAUCUAUCAUAGCAAUCUUUGGGGGACUCCUACAGAGUUGUUGCUGUCCAACCUCCUGUUAAAGUCUGUGAUCCGUGUUUAACUUGAAAUGUUAUUCUAGCAGGUGUGAUAGAAUGGAGGCCGUCCAGCCACUGUACUUCUCAGUUGUUAGUGUGUUUGACAUGCAAUAUUGACACCCUUGUUUUCAAAGGGUGUACUGUGAUCAGUGCUCCAGUAGAUGUAAACUCUGCCUUAGCUCUCAUGUAAAAAGAACUCUAUUUGAUAUACAAACAUUUCACCCAGGCUCACAGUACAUUGUGAUAUAAACAGAUGCAACAAUAUAUGUUUAAAAGUCAGCUUCUCCUACUGUUGCAACUGCUUAAAACACAUUUUUAUGUGCAAGGAAAAAAGAUCUCAAUAGAUGUAUUUGUGGCAACCAACUGUUGUCUGUAAAGACUUAAUACGCGGUAGGUCAGCCAUCUUGUUAAGAUCAUUCUCAAAAGUUUGCCUGUGUAUUUCCACAAGAUCUUUCAAAGGUGCUGUAUGUAUAUUGUAUAUGCGAUGCUCAUACAAUAUGUGUUACAUUGUCCCAACAUUUCCGUGGAUGUUGCUUGUGAUCAGAGGUGUCUGGAUUAUUGUCUGUUACUGUGUAUGGGACCAGCAGUAGGUACAAUGUACAUGUAUGUAGAUGUUUGUGAAACUGCUCUCGUUUUCCCAACUGAUUUGUUGAAUUUUUGCAGGCAAGACUUCUUGUACUUGUUUUAUGUUGUACAUGUAAUGAUUACAAUGUUCACAAAUUUGAAAUGGAGAGGAGCCAUCAAUCCAUCUCUGUCAGAAUAUUGUGUAAAAUUUAUUGAUUGACUUUCAGAUUAAAUUUUUACUGGAGACUUAACAAUUGAAUAAAAGCAAUGAAGCUGUUUAAUCAAUGGGUAUAUGGCAAAAUCUUUUGAGACUAAAAAUUAUUGAAGUAGCCUCUCGGGACACCAUUGAAGUUUCAAAAGAUUUGAAGUACAUGAAGGUGUGAUAUUAUGUUAUUGUCAAGGAGAGAUGUUGGUUAGAUAUUGUUCUUCAGAGGAGAGUACUCUACUUCCUACCGGGAUGUCAUAAAAUGUAGUAAAUGUCAUUCAAAAACAUCACUUUCUAAAAGUUUACUUUUGCUUAGUAUUUAGAGUAUGUGGAAAGACAAGUGCAACUAUGUAAUAAUUGUUAUUGAUAUGCACCAUUAAUUACAAUGGCCAAGAUGUGAGAAUUCUUAGGUUUUACCUCCAGAGAAUUGUACAAAGUGUUUUUUGUAACCAAAGUACCCUGCACAAUGUGACCAAAUGUGUUACCAUAGAACAGGAAAAUUCUUAAGGCUGUGCAAUUCAUUUCUCUUAGGUAUUCUCUUAUGACACAGUCACUUAUAUAUUUUACACCAAUAGAGAUUCGAUGUAGAACAGAAGUUGUGCCCCCCCCCACCCACUGCACUGUUAACUUUCACCUUGAACAAGCACAAUGAAAGGUGAUCAAAGUCCUAGAGCUGUACAUUUGUGAAAUUUAAAAGUUGUUGAUAUGGUUAAAUUAAAUUCUCAGCAUAACACAGGUGACUCCACACUGCCAAAUUGGUACAGCUAUGAAAAAAAAUAUAGGACUUUUUUUAACACUGGGGAUAUACAAAUCUGGAGUUGAAUAUGAUGCAUUUGUACAUUCAUGCAACCGUAUUAUCUUUGAGAUUGCCAAACGAAUUGGUCACACAUUUUAGAGUAAUUCCAGUGAAGUCAUCCAUUCCUGCAGAGGCCAUUCCUUGUUUGAUAUCAUUCCAGCUGUAUGGUACUUCACUAUAGUUUUAUUCUUUGUGUUUGUCAUAGGCAGAGUUUGUAUGCAAUUGUACUAAAUUAUUGUCCCACAAUGUGGACAUCACAUGGUAGGAAAAAAGCUGUGUUCACCCUGUAGAUUUUGACAAUCGGUAGUCACUGAGAAGAAAGCGUGUUUGUACUAUAUCCAAGUGGCAAGUGUGGUAUAAAGAAAUAUAUCUAUAGAUAUAUCUAUAUAUGUAUACAAAAUAGAUGUAGAUGUUGCCUGUGUAUAUGCUUCAAUCCCUUCUCAGUAGAAAGAUGAAAAUGUAUAGAGACAGCAUAUUCUUGGGCGGUGAUAUACGUGAAUAUCCCCCAUGUCUGUAUAUAUUAGAUACCAGCAGUGCAGCCGUACAUGGUCUGUUUCCAUAGGGUGUACCUUGUGUUGAUGUGUAGUCUGUACUUUGUAUUUUUCUAUUUGUGAAAAAUAAAGUGAACCUUUUU